AUGUCCCCCAACCUCACCCUCUUCUCGGUAAACGCGGUCCUCCUCCUGACCAACACGGGCACUCGCCUCCUCGCCAAAUACUACCACCCCCCGCACUCCCCCGCCAGUAGCGCCCCGCCCUACCCCACGCCCGCCUCCCAGGCCGCAUUCGAAAAGGGCCUCACCGAAAAGACAGCCACCGCCGGAAACGAUAUCAUCCUCUAUGACGGCCGCGUCGUCGUCUUCAAGACCGAGGGCGACGUCGUCCUCUAUGUUGUUGGCGGCGCCGACGAGAAUGAGCUCCUGUUAUGGAAUGCCCUACUGGCGCUCAGGGAUACGUUGAGUAUACUGCUAAGAAAUACGGUGGAUAAGCGCACCAUCUUGGAGCACUUUGAUGUUGUCUCACUGGCUGUCGACGAGGUUGUCGAUGAUGGCGUAAUAUUGGAAACGGAUCCGGCGACGAUUGCAGCACGGGUGACGAAGCAGCCCAUGGAGGAUGCGCCGAGUGUCAAGAACAUUGACCUCUCGGAGCAGGGCCUUCUCAAUGCGUGGGAAUUUGGCAAGAGGCAGUUGGCGGAUAGACUGAGGCAAGGAUUGUAG